AUGGUUCGCAACUAUGUGUUCGUGAAUCUUGUCCUCGUCCUUGUCUUCUCGGCAACUUUGGUUUCUCGGUGUUUCGCGUUUACGGAUCCUCCUGACGUCACAGCUCUGCAGGAUCUAUACAGGGCCUUAAACAGCCCACCAGUGCUGAAUGGAUGGAACGGUAACGAUCCUUGUGAGGAAUCUUGGACUGGAGUAGCAUGUUCUGGCUCAUCAAUUAUACACCUCAAAAUUCGUGGAUUAAACCUUACCGGGUAUCUUGGAGGCUUGCUCAAUAAUCUACAAAACUUGAAGCAACUAGAUGUCAGUUCUAACAACAUAAUGGGUGAAAUACCACUGGCUUUACCCCCAAAUGCCACACAUAUGAAUUUAAGCCAUAAUUUCUUGGAUGGACCCAUUGGCAAUGUAUUUACUGGCUUAGAUGAUCUCAAAGAAAUGGACCUUUCGUACAAUAAUUUCACCGGUGAUCUGCCCAGUUCAUUUGGCACCUUGACAGGCCUUAAUAGAUUGUUCCUGCAGAAUAACAGAUUCACCGGAUCAGUCACCUACCUGGCUGAGCUUCCACUCAUUGAUUUGAACAUUCAAGAUAAUCUGUUCAGUGGCAUUCUUCCACAGCCUUUUCAGUCCAUACCAAACUUAUGGAUUGGAGGGAACAAGUUCCAUGCAUUAGACGACUCUCCUGCCUGGGCAUUUCCUUUGGACAAUGUACCCAUUGAGCAAAACACUAGUCGCCCACCGAUAACUCAGACGAAUGCCGUCGAGAACUACGAUCCUCCUAAAGUAAGGAAGCAAAAGAAGAAACGUAUGGGUCCAGGAGGAAUAGCUUUCAUUGUUGGUGCAGGAACAUUAUUGGUGACAGGUUUUGCGCUCUUCAUUGCGAUCCGUUUGAAUAAGCUCCAUAGACAGAGAAUGGAGGACUAUGAAAGCAACCAUAAUCGUGCUUUUCUUUUUUUCUAUCCAUUUUUAAUGGUGGUAGACGUCUCUACAACGGCAGUAGAUGAGAGUCUGCAGAUCCCACCUUACAAUGCUGCAUCCCUUUUGGGUCCAAGGCGAUUAACUUCCCAGAUCCAUAAAAGAGCAGCAGGUGAAACAUCAAGAAAAAGCUUUUCCGGAAGAGACAGAUUCACUGGAAGGACAAAGGUUUAUACAAUAGCUGAGGUUCAGUUGGUUGCAAACAGUUUCCAUGAAGACAACCUUCUGGGAGAGGGGUCACUAGGCCCUCUUUACAGAGCUGAAUUUCCAGAUAACAAGGUUUUAGCAGUGAAGAAUAUCAACAUGGCUGGCAUGUCUUUCAGUGAAGAGGAAAAGUUCUUAGACGUCGUUUGUACCGCUUCCCGUCUGAAGCACCCUAACAUUGUUUCACUUAAAGGCUACUGCUUGGAGCAUGGGCAGCAUCUUCUUGUCUAUGACUAUGUCAGAAAUUUAACUUUAGAUGAUGCUCUUCAUUGUGCCGCGUACAAACCUUUAUCGUGGAGCACACGUCUCAAAAUUGCUUUAGGUGUUGGUCAGGCCCUGGACUAUUUGCACUCGACAUUCUCUCCUCCUGUCUCCCAUGGAAACUUAAAGGCUACCAAUGUUCUACUGGACGAAAAUCUCAUGCCUCGUCUUACUGACUGUGGCUUGGCUAUUUUGAGACCGCUGACAAAUGACAAAGUCAAAAAUCGGGCUUCUGAGAUUGAAAUUAGGGAUACAGGAUACAGUUCACCUGACCAUGGCCAACCGGCAAUUGGCAGCACGAAGAGUGAUACCUUUUCCUUUGGAGUGUUGCUUCUUGAACUAUUAACAGGAAGAAAACCAUUCGACGGUUCCAGGCCAAGGGAAGAGCAAUAUCUGGCAAAGUGGGCCUCAUCAAGGCUUCAUGAUGGCGACAGUUUGGAACAGAUGGUGGAUCCAGCAAUCAAAAGGACGUUUUCCUCCAAGGCUCUCUCUCGGUAUGCUGAUAUCAUCUCCCUCUGCAUUCAGCCUGUAAAGGAAUUUCGACCUCCAAUGUCUGAAAUCGUGGACUCUCUUGUAUCGUUUUCUCAAAAGCUCGUUUCAAAGAGUGGUGCAGCAGAUGGCACUGAACUUGAUCCACUUGAGAGGUCUUUUCGCACUACCACCUCGCGCUUUAUCGGUUCACCCGCAUUGAGCUAUGUAUCUGCCUGAUGUGUACUCACUCGGUGAUACAGAAGCUACACUUUAACAGUGUAAACUGGUUGACAUUAACGGGCUAGAAAUUUAACUUGAUUUCUGCUCGCUUCUUUUGUUGUUCCUCUUCUUAUUAGGCACAAAACACGUGCUUGAAUUAGCUGGAAUUUCUCAUGUAAAAAGGAUUAGAUUGAAUUUCACCUCUGGAGAGGAUCAAGCUUUUUUGGACCGUUGAAACUG